AUGGCGCUUAAGGAGCAUACACUUAAGAUACCCCCACCCAAGGCUUUUCAAUAUAAGCAACUGGAAUAUUUCCCUGCUGGCUCUGUCAAUGUGAAUGUCUACUGUGAUGGAAAUAUUAAGGCUACAAUGGAGAUUAAGUAUUACACAAUAGAAAAGGAGGUUGAACACCCACUCAAAGAGGCUAAUGGAGGAGAAGGAACCCAACAGGAUUCCUUAGAAGAACUUGAUACUAUUCUCACUUCCAUAUUCAAAGCUGAGAUACCACAUUAUGAGUUCAGAAAUCUUCAACAUGAAAUGCAGCACCAAGAAAAUAAGCAAUUGCAAGAACUUCCAACCCUUCUCCACUGUGCAGCAAAGUUUGGCUUAAAGAAUUUCGCUGUCUACUUACUUCAGUGUUCUGGUGCCAGUUGGGCAUCGAAAGCUAAAAAUAUAGAGGGAGCAGACCCUGCACAUAUUGCUGAAAGCCAAGGUCACGCAAAGCUCAAAAGAAUCUUUGAAGAAUUUUCCCUGAAGUAUUUGGGCAACUAUCUGAUGACAGCAAAUGGUUGCAGCUGUUGCAAGGGAUGGUCCCAGCAGCCAAUACCAUAA